CUUUGGAGCCAAAUCAAUGGCAGAAAAAGAGGCAAGAAACUCCCCCUAAAUAAAAAAAUGUCCGAAAGAUUAUUGGUGUAGGUUUUGAUUUCUGCCUCUUCGUUAUCGGUUUCGGACAUCCACAUUGGUCUCGUAGAUCUGCAAAAUCUGCGUGUGUCGGUUCUGUAAAUUUUGAAAUCGAGAUUCGAUUGUUUUGUUUGAGGCCGCGACGAGAAAGUGAAUUAGAUUAGGGAACCUUGUGCUGAUUCGCAUUUCCCGAUCUAACCUGAGCGACUCGAUUCGUGGUCGACAUUUGUUUGGUGGUUGGAUCUGAAGAAAAGGGUAACAAAGAGAUGGAUCCAAUCUCUGCGGUUAGCGAAGAGCUUGCUGAGAUCGAAGGACAAAUCAAUGACCUUUUCCGUGCUUUAUCAAAUGGAUUCCAGAAGUUGGAGAAGAUCAAAGAUGCUAAUAGACAGAGCAGGCAGCUCGAAGAACUCACCGACAAAAUGCGCGACUGCAAGAGCCUUAUUAAAGAUUUCGAUAGGGAAGUCAAGAGCCUGGAAGGUGGAAACGACGCCACCACUAACCGGAUGUUGAAUGAUAGACGUCAAUCUAUGGUUAAGGAACUAAACUCAUAUGUUGCUCUUAAGAAGAAGUACUCAUCAAAUCUAGCCAGCAAUAAUAAGAGAGUAGAUCUUUUCGAUGGUCCUGCUGAAGACAACAUGGAAGAGAAUGUCUUACUUGCUUCAAAUAUGACCAAUCAAGAACUUGUGAAUAAAGGCAACUCUAUGAUGGAUGACACUGAUCAAGCCAUUGAAAGAGGGAAAAAGAUUGUUCAAGAGACCAUAAAUGUGGGAACAGAUACCUCAGCAGCUCUCAAGGCUCAGACCGACCAAAUGAGUAGGGUUGUCAAUGAACUCGAUUCUAUUCAUUUCUCACUCAAGAAGGCCUCCAAGCUGGUCAAGGAAAUCGGUAGGCAGGUUGCAACGGACAAAUGUAUUAUGGCAUUUCUUUUCCUUAUUGUCAUUGGUGUCAUAGCAAUCAUCAUCGUCAAGAUUGUGAACCCAAACAACAAAGACAUCCGGGACAUACCGGGCCUAGCUCCACCAGCCAUGAUGAACAGACGUUUACUCUGGAACCAUUACUGAAGAAAAAGAUUCUCAUUUCAUGCAUAUCAAAAUACUGGUACCUAGUGCACGCUUCUUGGUCCUUCACCUAAGUCCAUGUUGCUGUUUGAUGAAACCGCUUCACUUAACCAGUUUUUCUUCACAUGGCUCUUGGCUGCUGCGCAUUUGAGAAGUCGCUCUUUCCCUUAUAGUCCAUGUGACUGGUUCUGUGAUAUGUCAUUAUGUAAUGCGUAUUUUUUUUUUAAACCAAACCUCGUCUCUGUUUUAUUAAUUUAUUUACUGGUUCCUCUGUUUUCA